UUGUGAAAAGCAUACCAUCAAUUAUUGACAAAUAUGAAUCAAACUCACACUUCAUCUUUAUCUUCUUCCAUUAUAACACACCAAUCCCCCGAAGCUGAAAUUCUGCAAAAUCUCCCCCUCUUCUGCUUCAUAUCAUUUAAUUUUCUGUGUCCUUGUUCUCUACAAUGGCUUGGAUUUGGGCCAUUUCCCCACUACUUCUUGCUCUUGCUCUUCUUUUCAAGCCAUGGCUCUUCAAACCCAAAAACUUACCUCCCGGUCCAAAAGGGUUUUCCAUUUUUGGCAGCCUACAUUUGCUAGGAAAGCUCCCUCACAGAGAUCUUCAAAAAUUGUCCCAAAAAUACGGCCCCAUAAUGCACAUGAAACUAGGCCUCGUACCCACCAUCAUAGUCUCUUCCCCUUCCGCCGCCGAGCUGUUCCUCAAAACCCACGACCUCGUAUUCGCCAGCAGGCCACUCUCAGAAGCCUCAAAGCAAAUGAAUUACUGCCAAAAGAAUCUGGUUUUUGCCCCAUAUGGCUCUUACUGGCGCAACAUGCGUAAAAUGUGCACACUUGAACUGCUCAGCAGCCGCAAAAUCAACUCUUUCAAGUCCAUGAGAAAGAGGGAGCUGGCGCUGUUGAUUGAUCAUCUUCGAGAGGCUGCGGAUAAUGGAGUUGCGGUGAACCUUAGCUCCAAAGUCACGUCCCUCACUACUGACAUGACGUGUUUGAUGGUGUUUGGGAUGAAAUAUGAGGACAAAGACUUUGAUGAGAGGGGUUUCAAGGCUGUGGUACAAGAAGGUUCCCAAUUGGCGGCCACACCUAAUUUGGGGGAUUUCUUUCCUUUUAUUGCAGGGCUUGAUCUUCAGAGACUCAACAAGCAAAUGAAAUCUGUCCACAAGGCGUUGGAUGACUUCCUUGAGAGGAUUGUUAAUGAUCAUCUUGAGUCCAAGGAUGAGGAGAAGACUAAAGAUUUUGUGGAUGUUAUGUUGGACGUUAUGAGCUUCCAAGAAACUGAGUAUCAGAUUGAUCGGCCUGCAAUCAAAGCUAUAAUGCUGGAUAUGCUAACUGCAGCCAUGGACACUUCAGCAACUGUGAUUGGAUGGGCAAUGUCAGAACUUAUUAAGCAUUCUGAUGUAAUGAAGAAAAUGCAAGACGAACUAGAAAAGGUAGUUGGUUUAGAUAGGAUGGUGGAAGAAUCAGAUUUGGAAAGUUUAGACUAUUUGAAAAUGGUUGUUAAAGAGGUUUUUAGGCUAUACCCGCCUGCCCCCUUAUUGCUACCACACGAGUCUCUCGAAGAUUGUAUUGUUAGUGAUUUUUAUAUUCCUAAAAGGUCACGCAUAAUAAUCAAUGUAUGGGCAAUUGGACGAGACCAAAGUAUUUGGAUGGAACCUGAAAAGUUCUUUCCAGAAAGAUUCUUUGAUAGCCAAGUAGAUGUGGAGGGAAGAGAUUUUCAAUUACUUCCAUUUGGAUCUGGUCGAAGAGGUUGUCCCGGAAUGCAAUUGGGGCUAAUUUUGGUUCAAUUGGUGUUGGCUCAACUUGUGCACUGUUUUGAUUGGAAACUUCCAAAUGGCAUGUUGCCAUCUGAAUUGGAUAUGACUGAAGAGUUUGGUUUAACUUGUCCUAGGGCUCAAGAUCUUAUGGUUAUUCCUACUUCUCGUCUUUGUCAUUAGUAUAUUUAUUCAUGAAUUGUGAAAGAGCUGUGUAUGUCAUUGUCCAGUGAGAAUUCAUCAAAAAAGUUUGUAUUAGGAACAUAAAUAAAAUAUGUAUUUUUAAUUAUA